AUGACGCUGCUCAUCCCUCAUCCAGAAGAUGGUGAAAUAUUCAGGGAGAAGACAAAGAAGGAAAAAUUUCUCGAUAACGUAGUGGGCGACAUAUCGAUCUCAUCUCGAGAGUUCCAGACGGAAUCCACAAAACUAUGCCAAGCCUGCAUAAUUGCAGAGGAGGAUGGCAGCGUCUCCGGUCUGUCCGAUGUUGCCGAACGAAUUCUCAAGACAGCUCCUAAUUACGAGUUCCUAUCACGGGAGAUCAUGCCCGAUGGACGAUAUUCUGCCCCCUGGUCACAGUCGCCGAGGAUCAUAAAGGAUAUCGAGUCCCGCGGCAGCAAAUUCUGCCACGACAGAUUGGCAAUAGUCGCAAAUUGCUGCCAAUACUCCAUCAGGCUAGAUGACGCCAUCUUGCGGCAAGGAUCACACAGCAUGAGUCUAUCUAUGCUCGCUCUUUACCUCUUGAAUGGAGAGAUCAUGGAGGACACAUGUGAAGAAAAGGAAGAGGACCGUACUUGGGUGAGAUGUCGGAAGCAAACAGUCUCCGACUUCGUCACGGACCAGUCCUUCGAUGGCUUUUGUCCACCUCUACUGAGGCGUCCUCUUGUCUUCAAUAAUGGGUGCCGAUUCAUUGACGCUCGGCUAACACAUGAGGGCUUGGAGACCGCUGGUCAUCUAUGGAAGCUGGAUCGUGUCAUACAACCGGAAAAGUACGUGAUGUUUUGA